GUAUUUUGGUUGGUUCUUGUUUGUCAAGUGAAUACACGACUGAGAGGAGGGGACGUAGAAGUAGGUCUGCUAAGAAACCACAAGGAUGUUGGAGGACCGGAAUAUGAUCGCGUAAGCUUUGCUCCUCCUGGGUGUGGUUUUGCUUUGCCUCCUCUUCUUCAAAGGUAUCAAAAAUAUUAUCAGUGAAACUGAAGAUUCGCACGAUACUGGCUGCAUUGUCACUACUACAUUGCUGCGACGAUGUCUCUAUUAAAGCCGCGCUCGUACUUGCUUCGCUGAUAUGACGACCACGACUGCUCCGUAAUCUUCCUGUAGCAUCUUGUGAUACAAAGUCACACUUAACAACACCCUUGUGCGAAACUGCGCGUGCGCGCUGCCCGACAAUAUAAUUUGCAGCCCGGCAACCCCCGCAGCUUCAUUCAGUAGACCUCGACAGCUCCUCCCAACCCCAAGAUGAAGCACACAGCGUCUGCUUCGUCGGACCCAACCAAAAGUAGCCGUGGCGUCUGCAGAUCUUCACACAAAACCUCGAUAAACAACAACAUGUCCACCCUGCUUACUAACAACAGAUCACGGAGUAGUACAGCUACAAGUACUAGUUCACGACUCCCUCGACUUCUAGUUGUAACAAGGGCUCCCACCCUCUUUUUCACUUCCUUAAUUUUAAGUUGGUCUGGCGUCUUUGCAAUGGAUUGUGAAGGUAGUCGUCUCACAUCCAUUGACAACAUCAACCGGCAAUGUGACGGCACUGUAAUACCAUGGCCAGUGGGGUUCGGUGACUUGCUGGCGUUACCAUUCGGGCUUGACAUAGAACAAGCAAAAGAAUUUGGAAAGGGCCUGUUCAUUAUGGUUGAUGAAGGAAGUAACAAGCUGACGAGCAGAUGAUCAUUUAAUAAAGAGAAAGAGCGAAUUUGUUGUAUGUGUAUCUACUAUAUCUACUAACGCUCAUGUUAUUAUAAAGACCACGGGGGGGGCUUGACCAGCACACUUCUUCAUGUUGGCCUGGAUGGAGCAAUCAUUGAAUAAGGACGAUUCACUCCACCUCGUCGGGUACAAGGUAACUAACAAGGGACUUCCAAGAAGAAGCGGUUUCCAAAGAACAGGGUAACUAACAAGGGACUUCCAAAGAACAGGGUAACUAAAAAGGGACUUCCAAGAAGAAGCGACUUCCAGAACUACUACAGUUAUAAAGCGAAAUAAAAAUUUUUUCUAACAAGAAGCGAAACUUCAUGGAGACAUUUGAGACGUCUGGGGUCACAGGGGAUGGGCGCUUCCGCUUCAUGGCUAACGUUAGAUGCAAAAGCGAAAUGCGGGGUAUACAUCCUAUAGGCAGCAAAGGAGAUCCCUGGACAAUGGCCACUUGGACGGAUGCACAGGUAUUUUUAGUUGAGUUGAGUACAUCAAGAAGGAACAAUGUUGAUGUAUUUGUACAGGUACUUACACGAUAAAAAGUGCAACUUCUCUAUUGACUAGUUGUUGAGCAAGAAGAACUCGUCAAUAGAGUUGCACUUUUUAUCGUGUAAGUACCGUCAACCAGUUGAAGUCAGAAGACUUUCAGAAAUGGAGGUUGUACACAAGUAGUUGUUGAGCAAGUACGUGUUAUAUUUCUUUUUCUAUGGUGGUGGAUGAACGAAGAUGCACAAGUAGAACAAGUACACGUCAUCUACGACUAUUCGUUAAUAUGAACACUUCGGGGUACAGGUAUGAUUUACAAUGUUGCAUGAGUCCUACAGACUUUGGAACUUUUUUCUUCUCUGUGUUGUGUCGUUUAUCAACCCGAAAUACAAGUCCAUCCUCUCACUCCUCUAAUAAAUUGCGGAACGAAGAAGUCCGAGUAAAUGAUUCAUUUUAAAAAUCAAGAUUUUUAAUAAAGUGAUCCAGCAUGCACUAACUACCCAAAACCUAAUGCAACAACCACAACCCUACAACAAUCAGGAAUGGUGUUCCGAGGGUGCGAAUAAUUGUACGGGGAUCAUGCAGUUUGUAGGCAAUAGCACAGAUUAAGGAAGGAUCCUAUUACCCUCAAUUAGAAAAACAUCAUCGCUCAUUCGUUCGUUCGUACCUUUGUACCUCUCCUCCAUCUAGCACCUCUCCUGCGUACUAGUUAUCAUUCAUCCAUAAUGACGGCUGUGCUUUCUCAAAGAGGAAGAUGCUAAAGCGGUACCACAACUUCUAAACAGAGAACUGUCACCACUGGUGUGGGGUACCCCAAUUCUGUGGUGAAUUUGAGGAAGACGACGAAGACCUGACGAUCCCAAGCAAUGACUGGAAUCUAUGGUAUAAGUCGAGAGGGGUUUAG